UAUGAUUCAAUCUUGGAAAACCACAACAAAUACAAUACUCAAAAUGCUAGAAAUAAAACUUUUCAAGGUGGUCCAACUUUAGCCUAUGUGACUCCUUGGAAUAAUCAUGGUUAUGAUAUUGCCAAAAUUUUUAAGGGUAAAUUCGACUAUGUAAGCCCUGUGUGGUAUAAUAUCCAUCGAAGGUCAACAAAUCAAUAUGAGCUUACCGGUGGUCAUGAUGUUGAUCAUGAUUGGAUUAAAGAAAUUAGUGAUCAAGUCGAGGGACGUCAUGUCAAAGUGGUACCAAGAUUUCAAUUUCAAGGUUGGACUCAAAUGGAUUAUCAAAUGUUGAUAACAGAAUUAAAUGAAGUUGAUUCCCUUGUAAAUACUUUAAGCUUAGAAUGCAGAAAACAAGGUUUUGGUGGCUUGGUUCUUGAAGCUAGCUAUAUUAUACUUUUAAGAAAUUUUGUGAUGAAAUUAGGUGCUAAAUUACAUGAUCAAUCUCAGGAAUUAAUUUUAGUAUUACCUCCAAGAAAGCCUUCAACACCUUACUUCACGGCUGAUCAAUUUGAUGAUUUUAGUCAAUUUGUUGAUGGUUUCUCUCUUAUGACAUAUGAUUAUUCUUCUCACGAAACUCCAGGUCCAAAUGCACCAAUUAAUUGGGUAGAAGAUAAUAUAUUAUCUUUUACUCCAACAACGAUGAAUCGCGGUAAAUUAUUACUCGGGAUGAAUAUGUAUGGUAUGGACUUUUCUCAAGGGCAUGCUGAACAUAUUACUGGUAACACAAUAAUUAAAAUCAUACGUCAGCAUAAACCUAUAAUUGAGUGGAAUGAAAAUUUGGGUGAACAUUAUUUUCGGUAUCAAGAGAAUGGAAUACCUCAUACUGUAUGGUAUCCAUCCUUGAAGUCUAUUGAAUCUCGUCUUCAAUUAGCUGAAGAUUAUGAUACUGGUUUGUCUAUUUGGGAAAUAGGGCAAGGCUUGGACUAUUUUUAA